AUGAAAACAGUGACAGUUUCUUCAAGAAGUCAUCCUCAGGUUCUUGCCUUCUUCUGCACAAGUUUUGGUCCUUUUAAGCGAUUUGUUAGUUCUACAAUGGCACAUGGUUCUGAAAACGUGAUUCCUACGCUACGUGAUUACUUCAAUUCCCAAAAGCCAGGGGAGGAGGAAGAAGAAGAUGAGUUUAUGUUUUACCGGAAGAACAUGCCACCGAGACCUACAAAGCCAGGAAACAAGGCAAAGGAGAGACACGGUUUCUUCUCCUCCAAGGAAAGAAGCAGAAGAAGGAACAUAUCAGAUGCUGAAAAGUUCUCUGUGGAGCAAUACUCUUCUGGUGGUUUCUUUGGUGUUAGGUUGAACACAAAUGGCAAACAACAACAACAACAACAAAGAUCAGCUAAGCCUUUAGAGCCAAGAUUGCAAAAGUCAUUCUCUGCAAGAAUGCAAUUGCCGUUUAUGCAUUCUUCUUCAAAGAGAAGCAAUGAGUCUACUUCUUCUACUAAUCAUUCAAGCUGGUUUAGCCGUAUCAAGAAAAUGUCUAAUCCGUUUUCAAAACCAGGAGAGAUCAAGAUCGAUGACAAGUUCUUGAGAAAGUCUUCUUCAUCACCUGUUCAUCUACAUGCCAGUCUCAGUAUGGGAUAUGAACUUGGAAUGCCUGUUUUCACCUUCUCGCUAGACCGCCCUGACGAUGUGUAUAUGGCCAGGACAUGGACUGAUGAUAACGAGUCUUGCUUCGUCUACACGUUUCACUACAUUGGUGCUAGGAGAAGCAACAAGAACGUUUCUUCGUUGAUAGGAGAGAUGAGAGUUUCUUCUUCAACAACACAAAUCUGCUUAGAGGCAGAGGAACCAUUUCAAGAAGAAGAUCUUGUUGAAUCAAAUCUUUCCGAGUUCGUUCUUUUCGACAUGGCACGCGCACAGAGAAGUGGACAACAUUCAAGACUUAAAACAGAGUCAGAAAACAGAGUAUCUGAUCCUUGGCCUGCCUCAGAUUUACAUCCAGGGCUAGAGAUUGCAGCGAUUGUUAUUAGAGACUCUGAAAGUUUUGGAUACAUGAAGAACAGAAAACACUCAAGACGUGAGGUUCAAGUAAUAGUUCCAACAGGAAACCACGGUUUGCCUGAUGCUGAGAACUCAUGUCCUACACCGAUACUACAGAGAUGGAGAUCAGGAGGAGGCUGUGACUGUAGCGGAUGGGAUAUGGGUUGUCACCUUUUUGUCCUGGAAUCUUCAGAACGCAUCAACGAUCACCAAAGUUUGGAACUUUUCAUAGAGGGAGAGAAGGAGGAGAUGAUGAUGACAAUGGCGUUGAUCAGAGAAGGACGUUACGAGGUAAGUUUUCAUGCAAAGCUCUCAGCUUUACAAGCGUUCUCAGUGUGUGUCGCUGAGCUGCACAGAAGAAGUGAAGUAGUAGUCUCAAGAGGAGGAGAAAGAAGCAACUCUUUGUCUAGAUGCAGUUCGCUGAGAGAGCUUAUCGACAUGGAAACUCCCGUAAACAGAGAUACCAGAGAAGAAGUCCUUUCGUCUUUCAUGCCUAAUGUCACUUUCUCUCCAAUCUCAAGGGUUUAA